UCCCAUUGGGUCGCACUCUCUGUUUGGAGCGCGGCGGAGGCGCUUGGAGGACGUCCAGGCAGGCAGGGCCCAUGGCCAGCACCGGCAGCCCCCUGUAUGAUGCCGUUCCAAUCCAGUCCAGCGUGGUUUUAUGUUCCUGUCCAUCUCCAUCCAUGGUGAGGAACCAGGCGGAUUCCAGUCCUCCACUUGUUGCUUCCACGUGUGGCAGCAGGCAGGGACUGAACAUGGAGAGCACCACAGCUGAGUCAAGGGCAAAUGCAAACUCUUUGCAGCAACCUGCACAACCUCGAAAGAAACGUCCUGAGGACUUUAAGUUUGGGAAGAUUCUGGGUGAAGGAUCUUUCUCAACCGUCGUCUUGGCCAGAGAAUUGACUACCUCCAGAGAAUAUGCCGUUAAAAUUCUCGAAAAGCGUCACAUCAUAAAGGAGAACAAAGUUCCCUAUGUGACCAGAGAGAGAGACGUCAUGUCCCGUCUGGAUCACCCUUUCUUUGUCAAACUCUACUUCACGUUUCAGGAUGAUGAAAAGCUCUAUUUUGGCCUUAGCUAUGCCAAAAAUGGAGAGCUUCUAAAAUACAUCCGCAAGAUUGGCUCAUUUGAUGAGACUUGCACGAGGUUUUAUACUGCUGAAAUUGUGGCUGCAUUAGAGUACUUGCAUGGAAAGGGAAUUAUUCACAGGGACCUUAAGCCAGAGAACAUCUUGCUAAAUGGAGAUAUGCAUAUUCAGAUUACAGACUUUGGAACAGCAAAAGUAUUGUCUGCAGAUACCAAACAAGCACGGGCGAACUCCUUUGUUGGAACAGCACAGUAUGUAUCUCCAGAGCUAUUAACAGAGAAGUCUGCCUGCAAAAGUUCUGAUCUGUGGGCUCUUGGCUGUAUCGUAUAUCAGCUCGUAGCAGGAUUACCACCAUUCAGAGCCGGAAAUGAAUAUCUCAUAUUUCAAAAGAUAAUCAAAUUGGAAUACGAAUUCCCAGAGAAGUUCUUUCCUAAGGCAAAAGAUCUUGUAGAAAAGCUUUUGGUUCUAGAUGCUACCAAACGGUUAGGCUGUGAUGAAAUGGGUGCAUAUCAACCCCUGAAGGCCCACCCCUUUUUUGAAUCCAUUACCUGGGAGAAUCUGCAUCAUCAAACGCCACCCAAGCUCACAGCGUAUUUGCCAGCCAUGUCAGAAGAUGAUGAAGAUUGCUAUGGAAACUAUGACAAUCUCCUGAGUCAGUUUGGCUGCAUGCAAGUUUCCAGCUCGGCGUCUUCUCAGUCGCUGUCUUCCCCAGAGACAUGUCCCCUGCAGACCUCAGGCAAUAACAUAGAGCAAUACAUCCAUGACCUUGACAAUAAUUCAUUUGAGCUGGAUCUGCAGUUCUCUGAAGAGGAGAAAAGGUUACUGUUGGCAAAACAGGCUAGCGGAAACCCUUGGCACCAGUUUGUAGAAAAUAACUUAAUACUGAAAAUGGGGCCAGUAGACAAGAGGAAGGGGCUAUUUGCUCGCCGGCGCCAGUUGUUGCUCACUGAAGGGCCACACCUGUACUAUGUGGAUCCUGUCAACAAGGUUCUGAAAGGGGAGAUUCCGUGGUCACUGGAACUUCGGCCAGAAGCCAAGAACUUCAAGACCUUUUUUGUUCACACACCUAACAGGACAUACUACCUGAUGGACCCGAGUGGGAAUGCUCAUAAAUGGUGCAAAAAGAUACAGGAGGUUUGGCGACACAGAUACCACCAGAAUGCUGCGAAAUGAGGCUUCCCCUAAAUCGCGCCGUUUCACUCCUUGCUGCUAGAGCGCCACAUGCUCCCAGCCAGAGGACUCUUCCUAGCCCAGCUUAAACAUCCAUCUCCAGGGCCAAAACUAGUUCCUUUUCUAAGGAAAUGCCCAACCAAUGGAAUUCAGGGUCGCUUUGCUUGCUUUUGUGCUUCUGUUGAGGCUUACACACACACAUGCACAUAUUCUCUGCUGCCGUGAGUUUCUACCUUGGCUUCUGCUGUAAACUAGUGGACCUUGCAUUGCUGGCUUUGCUGUAGAUCAGUUAAGCAAAGCCAAUCCAAUCCCACUUGCACAGCCCAGAUCAUGUUGGGGGCUGGAUUAUUACUGUGACUUUCCAAUUUAUCAUGCAACUGUUUUGUCAGGGAGCUCUGAAAGGUUUCCAUGUGAGGUCGCCAUUGUUGCUGCUGCCACCACUUUCCUUCCUUCCUUCUAGUUGGUUCAUUGGUAUCCAGCACUUGUAACUGCUGUGGGCGUAUGCCCUUACAAAACUCUCCAGGUUAUGUCCAGUUGCAGGAUUCUCAUGGAUGGUACUUUCUUUUAAUCGCAUGUCUUGCAGAUACACUCCGGCACAGUGGUAAGAGAGGGUAAUAUUGAAUACAGCACUUGAAAUUUUGGCCAUUCUAGUUUCAUAAAAUUUUAAACAUGAAUUUUUAAUUUGACACAUUUACAUGUUUAGUUAAAAGGCAUUAAAGUUACCAGCAUGCUUUUAACUAAGACUAACUAAGAGGUUAACUAGUUAGUACAAAACUGUAUUGAUGUAAUAAAUAGACUCUUCAUCUUUUCAGAAGAGGGGAGCGAGCGGAGCAUUGCAGGGGGCUGGCCUAUUUGUGGGGAGAGAAGGCCAAGUGAGGGAAAUGCUGUUGUACAACUGAUGACUUGAUUUGUUGUCUCUUUGUAUAAUGAGGUGUACAAAUAUUCCUGUAUUGUUCAUUGGCGAAGCGUACCUUUUAGCAACUUUGAAAAUAUUUUUCAUGAUUUAAUUAUAUUUAAGACCCUCCACUAAUCAGACUAAUUGUUGUGUUCAUGUAAAAAUGUUGAUACAAAGGAGGGGAAAAAUGUAUGGUACUUGAGUCAUAUCUAUCAAAUGUUUCAUAUCGUUCUUUUGUCUUUUUCCAAUUAAACUGUCAUGGUCAAACA